CGGAGGACGUGGGUGAUGAGAAGGCAGGUCGCUCCUGUGUCCGCACCUCGCCUUUCUUUUCGUCGGAGAUAACUUCUAACGGCAUGUAUGCAGGAUGUCCGCCCCGUUCACACCACAGUGGUCGGAGGGAACACCGCCUACCACACCGCCAUGCUGAAAGAACCCCCGAACCCUCGCUCAUGGAAUUCUAUUGCCCUCUUCGCCGCUUCUCUCGUUGGCUUCCUCUGCUCGAGUAUGAACGGCUACGACGGCUCUCUCUAUAACUCCAUUGCCGCGAACGAGGUGUUCCUGCGGUACUUCAAUGGCUCGAAUAAGGGCAUCUGGGCCGGCAUCGUCUCCUCUAUGUAUCAGAUUGGUAGCGUUGCGGCCUUGCCGUUCGUAGGACCUAUCAACGACAGCUUCGGGCGCCGAAUAGGCAUGUUUACUGGUGCGCUGAUUGUCAUCGUCGGGACAAUUGUCUCUGCAACCGUGACAGGCGGGAAUGUAGGACAGUUCAUGGGCGGCCGAUUUGUUCUCGGAUUCGGUGUUGCCAUUACUUCUUCAGCCGGUCCAAUGUAUGUCACAGAGGUUUCGCAUCCGGCAUACCGCGGCGUAAUGACUGGGUUCUCAAAUACCUUCUGGUUCAUCGGUUCCAUCCUUUCUAGCGGCGUGGCCCGCGGAACUAACCAUCUGGGUGGUCAUGCUACUUGGCGGAUUCCUCUCUGGUUUCAAUUGCUGUUCUCUGGAAUUAUCUCUGGUUGUGUUUUGUUCGUUCCUGAGUCUCCACGGUGGCUAUACGUCCACAAUAAGCGGGACCACGCCAAAGCCAUGCUUGUCAAAUAUCAUGGCCAAGGCAACCCAGAGAGCGAAUGGGUUAAGCUCCAGCUCGCCGAAUACGAUGAAUACCUCGACAUAAACGGCGCGGAUAAGCGCUGGUGGGAUUAUAGGUCGUUAUUCAACACUCCUGUUUCUCGAUACCGCAUAUUCUGCAGCUGUUGCGUAACAAUCUUCAGCCAGUGGGCGGGAAACUCCGUUCUCUCUUACUUUAUGUCUGCCGUUUUGGACUCCGCUGGCGUCUCCGGGACUGUUCCUCAGCUCAACGUCAUACUCAUCAACUCCUGCCAGCAAUUCAUUUGGUCGAUUAUCGGAGCCUCUCUUGUUGACCGCGCCGGCCGCCGCCCUCUCUUGCUUUUCGCCAAUAUCGGAUGCUCCGUGGUUUGGCUAUGCAUCUGCAUAACUAGUUCUGAAUUCGCAAACCACGGUGGCACAAAAGAUUUUCCAGGAACAUCUCCUGCGGCAGGAACGGCAACGUUGGCCUUUAUCUUCGUUUUUGGCGCAGUGUUUUCGAUUGGCUUCACACCGUUGCAAGCCUUAUAUCCAGUCGAAGUGCUUUCAUUCGAAAUGCGUGCAAAGGGCCUGGCGUUUCAGAAUCUGGCGCUGAAUGCUGCCUUGCUACUCAACCAAUUUGCCUGGCCCGUCGCUAUGGACAAAAUUGGCUGGCAUACAUACAUAAUUUUCUGUGUAUGGUGUGCUGUUCAAGCCGUCGUUAUAUACUACUUCAUUCCAGAAACAAAGAAUUGCACGCUCGAAGAGCUUGAUCUAAUAUUCAACUCAUCAAACCCGGUGAAGGCUUCAGUGCGAAAGGGGCGGCUUGGUGUGGAUGUGUUUGGUGGAAUCAUAAAAGUCGAGUCUGAGGGUUAGGCUUGAGUUGACCUCUGCUACACAUUGAUCUCACUGAUCUUAAAGAGCACUGCUUGAUGAUUAUUUGA